CCGACUUCGAUGAUGCACACCAGUGACCAGUCCACAGACAGCCCUCGCUCUUUCUCUCUCCAGCAAGCGGACGGAACGCUCGUUUCUUCCCCUCACCUCAAUUUCUUCCUCCUGUGUCAACAGUAAACUCACACUCUUUUCACACUUUCCUUUUCACACUCCUCUCUCCCCUUCGCUCUUGGCGGAGAGAUUCUAUCAUCGGCCUGGCUACGGGGUCGCUUCCGCUCGCGCGUCAACAAGAGGAAGAAGUAGAACGACGUGGAGAACAGGCUUAAGAGACGAACGUAGUGCGGUAAAGGCUUUCCUGCCCAGACGCGAUGCUUGGACGCGACACCACACCCCUGCGUCCCAACAUCCGUGUGCCAGCUUCCAACACCAUACAAGCGACCCGCAAAUCAGCCUUGCCAGUCAGGAAGCCCGAUGUCAAAGUGAAAGAUCGCGGGGGUCCGAGCGCGAAUGCGGGAACUGUGAACGCGGAGUUGACGAUGAGCACCCCCGAGGCGGACACCCGGUUGCGUUCAGGCCGCUUACCCAGCUCUGCAUCACCGGCCACUGCGUCUGGACCUUCGGUCACCCGCACUUCGGCGAAGGCUGCUGUAGAGACGGGGAUCACAGAAACGGGCAUUCCGGCGACUUUGCCCGUAGAGCCCUCUCGAUCUAUCCCGAUUCUUCGCUCCGCUGCUUCCCCAUUAUCCAAGAUAUCCUCGUCUACCACGAAGCUUGCAUCACCGCCAACUCGUUUGCGCCUACCUUCAACGACAACGCGAAGUGCCAUCCUCUUCCCAACAUCGGCACCGUCCGAGGUGCCAGCUCCCUUAAGCCCACCGACCUCCCUAGCGCCUCCAACACCUGCUACAAAGCCUUCAACAGGGCCAUCUCGAUUGCGUGCGCCUUCGACGAAGGCACCAGGUGUCGCGCUUCCGAAAUCGAUUUCGUCUACCGCAGCAAGACGGGAUGCGACAACAAAGCCCGCUCAGACUGUUUCCAAUUCAUCCAGCGUUUCGCCUCAAACCCCAUUAGCGCUUCAUUCGAUUUCUAAGCUGAAAUCGCCGACAACGCUCGUGAUAAAGGGUGCAGCCGACCCAACAGGGACAGCAAUGUUACGCGGUAGGACGAUUUCGGCCGCUGCUUCAUCUACACCGCGUAAAUCUGCGGCUACGACUUCGAUUCCCCGCGCCAGGACGCUGUCGAUGAUGGGUGCAGGGUCAAGCAGAAAACAGCCUUCGCCAGUACCUCCGGUUCCGACAAGCCCUGGACCGCGCAUGCGAUUGGGCACUGUGGCUAGCGGAUCCACCGCCGUCGUACCGCCUGCCGUACGUGCUAGAGCGACCGCCACACUUGGUGCGAGGCCUGGCAAACUGUCCACUUCGUCGCCCACGUCAACGAAGACGUCUGUUACGGGUGUGGCCACCAGUUCCGUCACAUCUAGCACCGCCGUUAAGACUGAUCUGCCGACCGCGACCGCGACGAUGCCUGCUUCUGCCUCGAGGUUGAGGAAACCCAGCUCAACAGGAAAGCUAGCUGCUUCUAGAGCUGGUAUUGGGGGCAACGGGAGCGUGUCCAGUGCUGUCUCAGGUCCCAGCGUAACCACCUCUGCCGAAGGAUCUCUGAUUCUGACGACAUCUGGGCCAGAUGCAAGUACAGCGGCACUCAUCCAACGUACAUCCGGGCCGUCUCUUACUUCCCCAACUCAGCACAUACCUGAUACCUCAUCCGCAACUACCGCGAUCAGCCCAGAAAAGAUCCAGCCUGCAAUCCCUCGGUCAAAGUCUGCCGCGGUGAUGUCAUCAUCAUCCGCACGCAAGAGAGCUCCACCAAGCAUAGUCACUGAUACUUCUUCCCUGCCGUCUCGUGUGCAGGUCAUUUCACCAUCGUUACCCUUGAGACGAACAUCACCCCGGCCGCCGCCGAGCCCUUCAUCCCCGGCACAUGCAGCUGCAUUUGCCACUGCACGGAGCGUCUUUCAGAGAGGGCACGACAAUAGCGUUACUUCUACCGCUCUUGUAGCCUCUGGCACUGGCUAUCGAUCAAAGUCCUUAUCGCCAUCUCCAACACCAACAAGGCUGUAUCUCGGAAAAACUAUCGCCGACAUCAGCAGAGAACCGGCAGCGUCCUAUGCGUCGCCGACAGAUACACCCCCACUGAGCACUACGUCUGACUGGACACCCUCGACCCCGCAAGGAGAUGCACGAAUGUUGGCAACCCCGCAGUUGCAUCCGCCGGUCGCGUUCCGCGUGCCAUCUCUCAAGGAGGAUCCCAACUGCGCAUCGUUUACCGAGGCGCAUGUGGAUGAGUCGGAUACCGUCACGAAUCUGCCAUCGGCGUCUACACGAGGAAAUAUCCGCAACAGCCCUAUCACGACAGAGGCCACCAGGACCAGUGUGGCUAGUACCAUCAGCGCCUCCUUGAGCGCGGUUGGGGGACCUGGACCACGGUCGUCACAGGAGUCUGGCAGUCUGGUCUCCCCGGACGAGUCUACGGCUUCUCCCCACUCUCCCAAAUGGAGCUCCAAUGCCAGUGAUGCAGAUUGGGAUUCACCUUCAGUGUAUCGGAAGGGGCCAAUGGACACGCCGAGACAAAGCGAGGAAUCAGUCAGGGGGCAGUAUGGGCCCGAAGUGGCUGAGAGCAUCGUCGGACAGAUCUUACCUGGGUCUGCAGCAACGCAACCAGUUGUAACUACCGCCAGCACCCUGGAGGGCCACUUGAAGCAAAGCCUCCGCCGAGAGAUUGAUGGCACUAGAACGAUGGACUUGGAGCAGCCGGUCCGAAUGAAAACCAUUGCACUGCCGUCUCCGAUCCCACAGGACCCAUCCAUAGAGCUUCCAACCAUCAGGAGAAGGACGGCCGGCUCGUGGACUGGUACCAAUCCCGGCAAGGACAGCGUUACCAGUUUGACCGGGAUAUCAUUUGCGCGGAGCCGUUCUGGGAAGGGUGAAGGGAUCGACGAAGCUUUGCUUCCUGCUACAAAGCCGACUACGAAAUCAUCAGCAUCUUCUCACAUGCACCCCAACUACCAAUCUCGAGCUGAUACAGCCAGCAUGGCACUUGGAACGGGGCUGGAUACCGCUUUGCCAUCAGGACUACCGCGUUCACCAACGACAAAGAGAGAGCCGCAAUUUCCGGUCAAACAGGAUUUCAUUCCGGUUGACCGGCAGCCGAAGAAGACCUCUGCCUUUGCAAGACUGCCCUCCCCCCUCCUGAUACCUCCAUCCUCACCAAGGCUAUCCCUAGUCCCAUCCCCAUCGACGCUCUCACCGACUGUGCUCGCCCAACCUCUACCGCCGUCACCAUUACCAUCAAUGCCACCAUCCGCGAUGCGACUUCCACCGCCAUCUCCGUCGAGACCUGUCUUAGACGUGAAGGCUCUACUCGCGAAUCCACGGGAUCGAUCGAUUACGGCCGAAGGACCGAGGUCGAGAAAGACCACGACAUUGGAUUCAGGUAGCUUUGGUACAGGAGCUGAUGACGCUAUUGUAACGAGCAGGACAACGAUCGAGCAUCUCGAGCGGGAUGGGGGAUAUGGUGUCAAGACUGCAGCCGAGCUGUCAUCGCCUCGCAUUCUCGAGGGCCCCUCGUUAACUUCCAAGCUUGUGCCAACAACGAACAGACUUGGCGACGAGCGAAAGCCCAGACCACCCAUCCUCAAUCUCAAGCUGCCGCUUACGCCAGUGUCUAUCACGAUGGAACCACCGACCCCACUCUCUCAUGGCACGUCUGGGGCUGGUACAGUCACACAAGCGGAUCAACGAGCUUCGGCUGCUUCUCCUUCACGGAUUCCAUCCCUAUCCUCAUCCCCAUCUCGUUCCCAUCAUGCAGGGGACGCUCCUGCGACUCCCCAACCGUACUACACUGUCUUCGGCUCGACUUCGGGGCGGACCGUGUCUGCGGGUUCAGGGGAGGACUGGAUCAGCAGCUCAUUUGUUCAUCGGACGCAGAGCACAACAAGUGAGCGUUCGCUCGUCAAAAGGUUCAGCGAGCGUUUUGUCAGGAGGAAGGAGAGCGCAGACGAUGAACAGAGGGGUAGAACAAGCAGCAGCAGUAUGAAGCUGUCCAAACGUAGUCUCAGUCGUUCUUCGCGGACUUCGGCGUGGUCACUGGGCGCUGGAUUCGACGACGACAUCGAGCUACCGCCACCCAAAGAACUUCGAUCAAGGAAACCAGAGCCGCAGUCGGGCAAUAGAGUGUGGAGGUUGAUGAAGAGAAUCAGCACGGGCGGGAUGAAAGAGAAGUACGAGGCUGAUGAUCACGCCUUUCCGCCCCCCGUUCCUCCGCUACCUUCUGCGUUGUAUUCCCAUCGGGGGCCUUUGCCAUUGUCGACCCGCUCCCUGCCCAUCCCAACAUCCAGCAACACAAUGCGCUCACCAUCUCUCGAAUCGAAGAGCAUUCCUAAUCGAUCUCGCCAGUCCUCCGUAUCGUCUGAUUACCCAGAGCGCGUCAGCGACGACCCAAGUAUCAUCCGGGUCCCGACAAUGAAUGCUAUCAACUCCUCCCGUUUCGAAGCAGUUACGUUCCGCGCGCAGAAGAACGAGAAGACAGGGAUCACCGAGCAGGAGAAGGCUGAUCGCUGGAAUGAAUUGUUGGAGAGAAGCGACAGAGCUGGUGGGACACUUCGCUUUGGAGUCUUGGACAAUUCAAGUAGCGGAGAUUUGUUUUCGCUAUAACUCUUAUCCACCUGCUCAUGUUUUCUCUGAUGCAGCUCUUCGCUCAUGCACAAGUCCAGAUACUGGUGCGGGCCUGCUUUUCCGUGCUCCACUCGCGUAUACAAGGCGUUGCCGCAAUUGAGGUACCAACAACGAAACGCUGACGCAAUCGAAAACAAAACUUCGGGCGCUUAGCUGCUGCCUGGCUACCCCACGCGUUUGCCCGGUUAACGGGUUGGGGCCCCGACCCACUGCGGGGUAUCGGGUCUUGAUGGAUUCGCGAAUCGUGAGAGUAGCGAGAAGCUGCGUGACCGCCGAGCAGAUCUUCGAUUGACACUAGGCGCAAACUCUCGAGCACUUCGUUGGCCCUUCUGUGAAUCCAAGACCGUGGAUCAAAGCAGAAUCUUGGGACUGGGACAACGCCGCACAUAUUCUGUGGGGGGACAGAUUGUGCCAACCAUUUCACACAUCCACCCAUGACACGCUGAAUCCAGCGGAUGAUGCGACAACAUGUGUUGGUAUGGAAUGCGGAGGAAAGCUGCUUCUUUUGACAGGGUUAGAUCAUCUUGACCGCCAGAGCGACCAUCGGCCCGGGAGCAUUAGAGUGGUUAAAAGCCAGGGGUGUGGAGAAAGAUUCGACUGUGUUGUAACCCGGUUCCCACCAUGAGCAAGAGUUACAGUCCUGGCAUCGCCUCUAAUCCCUACAUCGUGGGAUCAUUCGCAUGUAUCGGCGGAGGUCUGUUCGGUUUGGACAUCUCGUCCAUGUCCGGCGUGCUCUCGAAUCCGGCAUACCUGAAGACGUUCCACAACCCGACUUCCAACCCUCAGGGAGCCAUUGUGGCGGCGAUGCCUGCAGGGUCUUUCGUUGGAUCUCUGCUCGUCACCUCCCUUGGUGACAAGAUCGGCCGUAAGCGGACGGUGCAGCUCGCCGGCCUGAUUUGGGUAAUAGGGUCUAUUUUGCAAUGUGCUUCGAUUGACCGUGGGAUGCUCGUGGUCGGCCGUAUCAUCUCUGGUAUCUCUGUCGGUCUCGCCUCUUCCGUCGUGCCCAUCUACCAAGCUGAAGUAACCGCACCUCAUCUCCGAGGACGGUUGAUUUCGCUCCAGCAGUGGUCUAUCACAUGGGGUAUCCUGAUCCAAUACUUCAUCCAGUUUGGCUGCUCCUACAUCAAUGGCACCGCAUCCUUCCGUAUUCCCUGGGGUCUGCAAAUGAUUCCCGCUAUCAUCCUCGCUAUCGGCAUGCAGUUCUUCCCUGAGUCUCCGCGUUGGUUGGUCGACAACGGUCGCGAGCAGGAAGCUUUGACCGUCCUAGCCGAUCUGCAUGGUGGAGGUGACGUCAACAACGAACUGGUGUUACUUGAAUACGAGGAGAUACGGCAGCAGGUCGCGUUCGAGCGGGACGAGGGGGCGAAGAGUUACAUGGAUCUCGUCAAGCCCGGCAUUUUCCGCCGUGUAUUCCUUGGUUCGUCGUUGCAGAUGUGGUCUCAGCUGUCGGGUGUGAACGUGAUGAUGUGGGUCGUUGUCCUUUCUACCUGUUUUCAUCUCACGCGGCGCAGGUACUACAUCAUCUAUGUGUUCGAAGGCGCUGGUCUGUCCGGUCGCCGGAGCAAUCUCAUUGCCGAUGCGGUUCAAUACGUGCUCAAUGUUGUUGCCACUGUCCCGGCUAUCGUAUACAUCGACAAAUGGGGCCGUCGGCCCAUGCUGCUCGCGGGCACUCUCGCUAUGGGAUUCUGGUUGUUCCUCGUGGGUGGCCUGCAGUCCAAAUUCGGGCACUGGGACACGAGCUCGCCGCCCGUCUGGAUCAUCGAGGGCCAUGACGCCGCGACCAAGGCUAUCAUCGUCUGCUCUUAUCUGUUCGUUUGCUCCUUUGCCGUGACUAUGGGCCCGGUUUCUUGGACUUACCCGGCCGAGCUGUUCCCGACCAAGGUGCGCGCCAAGGCUGUCUCUGUAGCCACCUCGGCCAACUGGGCUUUCAACUUUGCCCUCGCGUGGGCGGUCCCACCUGCGCUGUCCCAUAUCGCGUACAAGACGUAUUACAUCUUCGGGACCUUCAAUUUCGCCGCCUUUGUGCACAUCUUCUUCAUGUUCCCCGAAACCGUUGGCCGCUCGCUCGAAGAAGUCGAAGCCAUCUUUGCGGAGGGACACGUCUUCUCGCCGUGGCGGAUUGGUCGCGAUGUUGGGGUCAAAACCCUGGCCGAGGUGUCUGCGGCGAGGAAGACGGGUGCCAACGAGGAAAAAGCUAGCGUCGAGAAGCUCGAGGCUUGAGCACAUGUUGUUACCUGAGGUUUACGUUUCUUUCACGAUGGUCGCAUUUCUGCUUUACGAUUUGUUGUACGAUAAACGCACGUAGUUUGAAUGAUAUCGACGCACUUGAAUAUGUCGUAUGGCGCACUAUGAUGGAACGGAACAUACUCGGAAAGAUGAAUAUUUUCAAGUGCUCACGACUGGUCGAUUAGAUACAUCUGCACUGCACUAGAGGCAGAGACAGUCCACACUUCUUUUCAGCCAGCCGUGCGAAGCCCCAGUUCAAGCGGAGCUGGUCCUGAGUGUUUCGGAGUGGAGCUGAACGCGGGACUGACGUGUCAGCGCUGCGAGAAGUGUCAAGUCACUGCUCUCAAGUAUAUAACUGCAUCAUGUCAACCAGGAAACAUGCCGAGACAACAAGUUCAAGUUAAUGACGUCUCAAGAUGCUGCGAUGGGAAUUCAUCUAGAGCCCCACGGCAACUCUGGCUGAGCCAUGAAGAUCAUCAUUGAAGACAAUCACCAAGCGGCCUACCCGUAGUCGCAUUUGGGGUGCGAGCGGUCACUCUUGUCAUGCGUCACAUCUCAUUUCUUUUACCGCCUUGCACCAAUUGAUAUAAGUGUUCUGCGGAACCUACGACGUGAGGACCGAAUCCUUGCAUGCGGCUACCUUUGCAUCAAUGCCUAGGGUUAGGGUUGUUUUAGUAGCUGAAACACACAAGAAGAGGGAAGCUGCUGCAGGAC